AUGCUGCAAGUGAGACCCCUGCAGUGCUAUAAAUGCUUGGAACAAGGACACGUGCAGCAAAACUGCAGGAGUAACGUAGACAGGAGAACUAAUUGCUAUAGAUGCGGAGAACAAGGGCACCUGGCAAGAGACUGUGAGUCGAGAGCCAGGUGCCAAAUAUGCGCUGACGCAGGUGUGCCGGCAGGACACAGGAUGGGAGGACCAGCCUGCCGGCCACCGAAGGGAAGAAAGAGAACCGUGGGAGGGACAGUAGAGAGGCAAGAGGCGUCCGCACCGAAGCCCAAGGACCCUCCUGUCCCCCCCAGCGGCAAAGAAAGGAAUGAGGAAAAGGAAACGGGAAGUGGAGAGGCAAACAAAGCCUCAUCGCCGCUCCCACAAAGGAAGCGACUUCCACCUCCACCACCCCCUCCGCCCACCAUGCAGGCGGAGGAGGAGCAAAUGGAGGUGGAGGAAAAGAGGGGAGAAAAACGUCCGCGUCCAGUGGAAACUGCCGAGAGCGACGAGGGAGAGCAGCCUGGUGGGAAGGUCAUAAUUAACCCAACUGAUCAAUAA